AUGAAUUUAUCAGAUUCGCAUAAUUUGUUGGCAGCCGAGGACAAGGGCUAUGAGAAACCUCGAUGGAAUCCGACUAUGAAGGAUGAGGCCCACCCCUUUCCUGAGCGCCCCUGCAUGAACACGAACACACGCUAUAAUGGUGUUGAGGUCGUGAGCACGCAUUUUCCGGAGACAAUUAAGGGAACGGCGUACUUUCGCCUCCCAAACUCGUCGAAGCCACAGGUGUGGGAGACGAAUAGGAUGAAGGCGCGAUCCCUCAAUCGCUAUACCUAUCAGUGCCCCGCCCUCCAGGACCGUGAGCCCCCUAUGAGCUACCUUGCGAUGGUCGUCAUCGACGACAACUCCGUGGAGAAGCGGACGAAGGAGCAGCACUGGUGCGCCAGUACGGCGCUGGAGGGGAACCACGCCAAUUGGCAUGUUCGACCAAAGCCGGAGCCCGACUACCUGCGGAGGAACAAAAAAAAGCAUUCGUAA